CGUGGACUUAUUUAUAAGCAAAGGCAGCUCUGCUGGUGAAGAAGUCUUGCUGAGGCUUUACCAGCUUCUGCCUUUUUCCUGACGCUGCUUGAAGGGCACCUCUGCUACGAUGGGAAGGCAAAAGGACAUUCUUGCCACUAUUGAUGACCACCUGAGGAUCAGAAACAAAUUAGUCCGGCAAGCGCUGGCUGAGUGCCUGGGGACGCUGAUCCUGGUGCUGUUUGGAUGUGGAUCUGUUGCACAGAUCGUGCUCAGCAGAGGGACUCAUGGAGGUUUCUUGACUGUUAACCUGGCUUUUGGCUUCGCUGUGAUGCUCGGCAUCUUGAUCUCAGGACAGGUAUCAGGUGGACAUCUGAACCCAGCUGUUACUUUUGCCAUGUGCUUCUUGGCCCGGGAGCCCUGGAUCAAGCUACCAGUUUAUGCCCUGGCCCAAACCCUGGGGGCUUUCCUGGGAGCUGGCAUAGUGUUUGGGCUGUACUACGAUGCCAUCUGGGCUUUUGGCAGUAACCAGCUGUAUGUAACAGGACAGAAUGGCACUGCUGGUAUCUUUGCCACCUACCCGUCUCAGCAUUUGAACAUUGUGAAUGGAUUCUUUGACCAGUUUAUUGGCACAGCCUCCCUGAUUGUUUGUGUCUUGGCUAUUGUCGAUCCCUACAACAACCCUGUCCCCACGGGGCUGGAGGCUUUCACAGUUGGCUUCGUUGUCCUUGUUAUUGGAACUUCCAUGGGCUUCAACUCUGGCUAUGCUGUCAACCCUGCUAGGGACUUUGGGCCUCGUCUCUUCACAGCCAUUGCUGGCUGGGGCACUGAAGUGUUCUGGACUGGUAAACAGUGGUGGUGGGUUCCAAUUGUUGCUCCUUUCCUUGGGGCCAUUGCAGGAGUGAUGGUCUAUCAGCUGAUGAUUGGAUGUCAUGAUGAGCCUUCUCCACCUGCCUCUGAGCAGGAAACAGUCAAGCUGGCUAAUGUGAAGCACAAGGAAAGGGUCUGAGGAAGCUGCCACCCAGAUCUGGCAGACAUUCAUUACUCAGGACUGCAGUUGGCAAAGAGGAGGAAGGAGCUAAGAAGAGCUUCAAGAGUAACAGGAAGAGGGUUUUUUCCCUGUCUUGAGAUAUCCUAGCAUAUUUUUUUUUUAUAUCCCUGAUGCACUUGCUUUAGGCAUUUUCCUGUCAGCCUUUCCCCAAAUGCAGUAUCAUGUAGUUUUUCCCUAGCAGAAGGGGGUUGAGGACUGUAGGAGUCAGCAGGGAAGUGGGCAUUGCCGUCCAACACCUCCAACACAGGCCAGUUGUUCAGGAAUCUGGAGCUCUUUUGGGCUGUGUUGCUGGUCUUGCCUGUGAGCUUGGCAAACUGCUUCCCUCCAAACCUCUGUCCCCAUCUGUAGCGUGGGGAUGGUGCAAAACUUAAACUUUUUUGCUAGCACGGAAUGGAAACUCCUACAUCCCAUAAAAAAUUUGCCUGUGAUCCUACUAUGGAACAAUUUCAUGCCUGGUGUUGCUCUAAGGUCAAUAACUUGGCACCAGGAAUGAGCUCAUCUAAAGGAUUUUUAUUGGCCAAACUCUGUCUCCCAUGAAUUCCUAAAACAUCAUAUCAAUCCACUGUUCCACAAUGUCAGAGCAGAGAGUGAGAAUGCACUGGAUUUUAAUUUAAUAUUAAGACAAAAUGUUUACAAACCACUGCACCCUGGUAUUCUAAUUACAAUUUUUAACAUUGAUGACUCCUAGAAGAUAACGUACAGGAAAUCCUUGUUCUAGCCAGGGGCUAACCUGGAAAGAAAGCUUGCCUCCCUGUAGCAGCCUUUCUAAUUAAUCAGCUUUGUAUAUAAACUGCAAGCAGCUAAUAGCCAAGUUCCACUGGAAACAUGGUGUUGCUAAAGUUGUGUGUGUUCAUGUAAAUUUCACAAUAGUGUGUGUU